AUGCAGGAAGAUGAGCCGUCGCUCAACAUCCCCUCUCUCUUGACCUUAGCUGUCGUCUCAUUCUUUGUCAUCCGAUGGUUUUUUACCCGUGACGAGGGCUCCUCGUCCGGGGGAAGUCGGCCUCGGCGAGGGAAUGUUGUCGAUCCUGCGCAGGUGGAACAGAUCUCCCAAAUGUUCCCUCAGUUGAGCAAUCGCGAAAUCAUGUGGGAUCUCCAGCGCAAUGGUGGCAGUGUCGCCGCGACCACAGAGCGUAUAUUAACAGGCCGUGGACUCGAAACGCCACCACCCUCAUUUCAACCACAAGUGGUAUUACCGCCUCGCAAUACCACGGCUCUCCCACGAUCCACAACGCCCGCGUCCAAGACUGAUGGACAAGACCUGAUAUCCCGCUAUAACCUCAGUGCGAGGGCUGCAGAGGAGGCACCGGAGGCCGAAACGCCGUCAAAAAGCUCGUGGUCGCAGAAUAAAGAAGAACGCCAACGAUUGCUUCAGAAGCGCCGCGAUGAAAUGAUCCUAGCUGCACGUCGGAAGAUGAUGCAGAAGAAGCAGGGCGCCUCGGAAUAA